AUGCUGUCUGCCCAGCUCACGGUCAACACCAAAGGUCAUGUUCUCUCCGUUUUGAUAGAUUCAGGGGCGGAACAGAAUUUUAUUGACUCUGAGUUAGCAGACCGCCUUCAGCUAGGGCAGGAACCUCUUCCCCACACUUUGCAUGUCACUGCUUUGUCCGGCCAGCGCCUACCUGACAUUACUCACGUCACUGAGCCCGUUAUUCUUACUCUGUCUGGCAACCAUACUGAGGAAAUAUGUUUUUUUGUGUUCAAGGCCACUCGGACGCCGCUCGUUCUCGGGCACCCCUGGCUUCGUCAACAUAACCCGUGCAUUAAUUGGCUUACGGGACGCAUUACGGGGUGGGGAGAGGAAUGCCAUAUGACCUGCCUUAAAUCCGCCUCACCGCCUCACACACCAGCCUCCCUCGCCAAGUCGACCGCGCCCUCCGAUUUGUCCGGAGUGCCCCCUGUUUAUCAUGAUCUCGCCGAAGUGUUUCGCAAGGACCGGGCCCAGUCGUUGCCUCCUCACCGACCGUACGAUUGCGCUAUCGACUUACUCCCUGGCGCGCCAUUGCCUACUAGCCGUCUCUACAGCAUCUCUCUACCGGAGCGAGAGGCUAUGGAGUCAUACAUCUCAGAGUCCCUCGCCGCCGGCUUGAUCCGCGCUUCCUCAUCGCCCGUAGCAGCAGGGUUUUUCUUCGUCGAGAAAAAAGACAAGUCUCUCCGCCCGUGCAUCGACUACCGUGGGUUAAAUAACAUAACCAUCAAAAACAAAUAUCCACUCCCACUUCUGACCUCUGCUUUUGAGCUGCUCCAGGGGGCGACAGUUUUCAGCAAAUUGGACUUGAGGAGCGCAUAUCACUUAGUUCGGAUCCGAGAGGGCGACGAGUGGAAGACCGCCUUCAAUACUCACCUUGGACACUUUGAAUACUUGGUUAUGCCGUUCGGCCUCUCUAAUGCUCCUGCAGUUUUUCAAGCACUCGUUAAUGAUGUUUUGAGGGAUUUCAUCAACAGGUUCGUCUUCGUCUACCUCGACGACAUCCUGAUCUUCUCCAAGUCACUGUCAGAGCAUGAGACCCACGUCAGACAGGUUCUGCAACGCCUGCUGGAAAACCGGUUGUUCGUAAAAGGUGAGAAAUGUGUCUUCCACGUGUCCACAGUUGCCUUCUUAGGCUACGUCAUCGAGCAGGGAGACCUACGUCCUGACCCAGCUAAGGUGAAAGCCGUGGUGGAGUGGCCUGAACCCCCCAACCGACGGCAGCUGCAGCGGUUCCUCGGCUUCGCUAACUUCUAUAGGCGGUUCAUCCGGGACUACAGCAAGGUAGCUCUGCCUUUAACACAAUUGACCUCUCCCAAGGUUCCUUUUCAGUGGAACGAUGCUGCCCAAUCAGCCUUCCUGGAGCUGAAAGAGCGAUUCGCCUCAGCACCCAUUCUGGUCCAGCCCGACCUAACCCUGCAGUUCGUGGUGGAGGUGGACGCAUCCGACACGGGAGUAGGAGCGGUCCUCUCGCAACAGAGGGAUGGUAAGCUCCACCCGUGUGCCUUUUUCUCCCGUCGUCUCACCCCCGCAGAACGCAACUACGACAUUGGCGAUCGGGAACUUCUUGCCAUCAAGCUCGCCUUGGAGGAGUGGAGGCACUGGCUGGAGGGCACUGCCCAACCGUUCAUCGUUUGGACAGACCAUAGGAAUCUGGCAUAUCUGCAAACCGCAAAGAGGCUUAACGCCAGACAAGCAAGGUGGGCUCUGUUUUUUACGCGGUUCCACUUUUCAAUCACUUACAGGCCAGGAUCCCGCAACGUCAAGCCGGACGCCCUGUCUCGACAAUUCUCCACCUCCGAAGACCCGGCGGACCCUGCUCCCAUCCUCCCGGCCACCUGUGUGGUGGGGGCUGUCUCCUGGGAAAUCGAGUCGGCCAUUCGCGAGGCUCAGAGAGCCGAACCGGAUCCUGGAGGCGGCCCUGCGGGGCGCCUGUUCGUUCCCCAACCUGUCAGGCCUCAGGUAUUACAGUGGGCACACACAGCCCGUUUCUCCUGUCACCCAGGAAUACACCGCACAAUUACUUUCCUGCAGCGCUACUUUUGGUGGCCCACCCUGAGCCGGGACGCCAAAGAAUACGUCUCCGCGUGUACAACCUGCGCUCGAAACAAGACCCCAAACCAGCCACCCUCGGGUCCGCUUCAUCCCUUACCCACGCCUUCCAGACCAUGGUCUCAUGUUUCUCUGGAUUUUGUGACUGGCCUCCCGCCAUCUGCAGGUAAUACGGUCAUACUCACGAUCAUUGACCGCUUUUCUAAGGCGGCUCACUUUGUUGCUCUGCCCAAGCUGCCUACAGCAUUGGAGACUGCUCGCCUGCUCACCACCCAUGUCUUUCGCCUGCACGGCAUUCCAGAUGACAUCGUGUCUGACCGGGGUCCUCAAUUCACGUCCCGUGUGUGGAGGGAGUUCUGCACCUCAUUGGGAUCUAAGGUCAGUCUCUCCUCUGGUUAUCAUCCGCAGAGCAAUGGCCAGUCCGAACGGGCGAACCAGGAGUUGGAGGCGGCCCUGCGCUGCGUCGUCUCUUCCAACCAGGCCGUCUGGAGCGAGGAACUGCCCUGGAUCGAGUACGCCCACAACAGCAUGACCUCCUCCGCCACGGGCCGGUCCCCUUUCGAAGCUUCUCUGGGGUUCCAGCCGCCUCUUUUUCCCUCCAUCGAAGGCGAACACUCUGUGCCAUCCGUCCGGGCGCAUCUGCGUAGGUGUCGUCGGGUGUGGAAGGCCACCCGGGCUGCGUUGUUACGCACCAAGGACCGCAACAAACGCUUCGCUGACCGCCACCGGUCCUCCGCUCCCGCCUAUACUGUUGGGCAGAAGGUAUGGCUUUCCACACGCUUCGUUCCCAUCCGGGCGGAAUCCAGGAAGCUCUCUCCUGCCUAUAUCGGCCCGUUCGAGAUCUCGGCUUUGGUUAACCCUGUGUCUAUUAAGCUCAAGCUGCCUCGCAACAUGAAGAUACACGAUGUCUUCCAUGUGUCUCAGGUUAAACCUCUCCGGUCCAGUCCUCUGUGCCCGCCUUCCAGGCCCCCUCCUCCCCCCCGGCUCGUGGACGGUCUGCCGGCUUACUCGAUCACCCGUAUCAUGGAUUCUCGGCGGCGG